AUCCAAUCGCGUCGAAGGGCGUUUAGUUUCACUCUUUUAGCUUAACUUAACUAAGCUUUGCGAGGACCUAGCAAAUACACAACUCCAUAAAAUUUCUCGCAACGUAAUAUAAAACUGGGUAUUUUUUUAAUAUAUAUAUAUAUAUAUAGGUUAUAUAUACACUUUGUAGCAUUUCAAAGGGGAUAUGUGGACCUUCGUCUUUGUUUGUCUCGCUAUCUCAGUCACAGGCCUGCAUGCCGAAUUUACAGUUACUGUUAGUCCCUCAGUGAAAGUAAAAGAGAAUGAGGGGGUUGACUUGAAAUGUUCCUACACCGCUGACUUUGGAUCAGCACCCAGAGUAGAAUGGAAGUUCAGGGAUCUCAAGGGCUCUCAAACAUUAGUCUACUUCGAUAACAAGCCAACUGGUCAGUAUGCAGGCCGUAUCACUGUGUAUGAUGGAGGACUGAGAUUUAGCAAGGUGACGCGAGCAGAUACUGGAGACUAUGACUGUGAGGUGUCUGGCAAUACUGGAUAUGAUGAGAAGACCAUCAAACUCACAGUCCUUGUGCCUCCUUCCAAGCCUCUAUCCAGAAUUCCAUCAUCAGUCAGAACAGGAAGUAACGUCCGCCUGACCUGCUUUGAUUCGGAUGGCUCCCCUCCAUCCACCUAUAAGUGGUACAAAGACAACACUCCCCUCCCUGAAGAUCCAACCAUGUUCCCCAAUUUUAAGAACCUCACCUACAAGAUGAAUGUCAAUAAUGGUUGUCUGUUGUUCCCGAGCAUAUCUAAACUGGACACUGGUUCAUAUUUUUGUGAGGCCUUUAAUGGAGAAGGUGCUCCUCAGCGUGGAGAUGCAGUGCACAUGGAAGUCCAUGAUGAGGACAACAGCCAAGCACCAGCUGUGAGCAGCAGCUUGAGCACUGAGACCCAGAAUGUCCCAAGCAAGAUCACCAUGAACCACAUGCUGGAAAAACAGUAUGGUGUAUUCAUGUUGCAAGAGGUGAAACUAAAACUAGAGAUACAAAAACUAGAAUUAGAAAUAACCAAGUUAAAGUUAGAGCUACAAAAACUUGGACAAGAACCAUAAAGUCUGUGUAAAGCAAUAUUAAA